GCCGGGAGCGGCGUGCCGGGGCCUCCUCGCUGGGCGGCGGGCCGGGCCGGGGCUGCGGGGCCAUGCAGGGCUCCAUGGUCCGCCGCACGCAGGAGCUGCUGGGGCGCGUGAUCCGGAAGCCGCCCCUCACGGAGCGCCUUCUCAGCAAGCCCCCCUUCCGAUACCUGCACGACGUGAUCGGGGAGGUCAGCCCGGGCUUCAAGGGGGCGAUAACGGGGGGGGGGGACCCGCCGAAAGGACGCGCGGCUUGCGCUCCCCGGUUGCCAGGCGACGAGCGGGGAAGGAAGGGAGGGGGCUUCCCCUCCCCCCGCGCCUGGUUUACCAAAGAGGAAUUCUCGAAGGCUAACAGGCUUCGCCUCCUCGGUCCUGGGCAUCCCUUGGGCGCGCGGCCUUGUCUAGGCGAGAAUGUUCUUGGCAGGCGGCGGAAAGAGCGCAGCCAAGGCUGUCUCAUGAGGCAGGGAGUUCCAGAGGGCAGGCGGGUAUCCAUGCGGCGCCUGCAGCAGGGGAGGGGUCCCAGUGGGCACGUGCCGGGUAAAGCAGCUUCGCAGGUGAACUGCUCCCAAGUCCCUCAGAAGUGGGGUGCCCACCAUCCCCCCAGCCACGCGCCCCCGUCACCGUUCCCAGUUGUGGAAUUCAGCAAGGUCGCCCACUCCCUGUCUAGUUUCUGUGCAGCUACCCCUUUUAGCAGACCACAGGUUCCAAGCCAAUAAAAAGAGGCGCAGUAUUAUAAAACCUCAAAAUUGUAUAGCCUUUGAUCUUUUUAAAAAUCACCCGGAUGAAAAGCCCUCCCAUAUACGCAGGCAUAUGAAGCCAUUCUUUCAGUUGUUCGGCUUUUUAAAUAAAAAUAAAAAUCUGAUAGUAGCAGCCAGGGUUAUCCCAGGUCUUAUACAUAAGCAGGCUAGCAUAGUAGGUGGAAUGCUGUUCUUUUGAUUUCCACAUGCCAUGAAAAAGCUUUACCUAUGAUUUUUUGUAGGUCAGCUUGCAGUUAAAAUUGCCUAGGCCACUAUGGAGGGAGAUAGGGGAGAGACCCUAGGGGCAUUGAAGGUGGUGAAAGAAUGGCAUCCACCCUGCUAUCCCUUCAUUGCAGGUACAGUGGUACCUCGGGCUACAAACACUUCGGGUUACAAACUCCGCUAACCUGGAAGUAGUAUCUUGGGUUGAGAACUUUGCCCCAGGAUGAGAACGAAAAUCGCGUGGCGGUGGCGCGCCAACAACGGGAGGCCCCAUUAGCAGAAGUGUGCCUCAGGUUAAGAACGGUUUCGGGCUAAGGAUGGACCUCCAGAACAAAUUAAGUUCGUAACCCAAGGUACCACUGUAGUCUUUUAACACUGAAAAAACUACCAGAUUCAUUGUAUCAUAAUUUUCACCGCAAAAUAAAUUAGAUGUUUCUUCACUUUGGCUUGUUCCCAUACUGAAGAUCUUCAGAAAGACAUCUAAGUAGUUUUAAGCAUUUACUGAAAGUGAAAGAGUCCAGUUUGCUGGUUAAUUAGUCUUAUUUUUCUGUUGGCUUUUAUAUACUUUCAUGUUUUAUUUUUAUUACUGCCUGGCCUUCAUUAGUUACCAAAUUCAGACUUAAUUUUUCUGUGUUAGAUCUCCCUACACUUCGUGGUGGUUCUCAAAUAGUUUCCUAAGACUGUAAAUGCUGACAGCUUAUUUGAGACUGUUCUAUAGUUCUCUAUUGAGGAAGGCUUCAAAAAUGGCAUCUCUAGAACACCAUGCAGGUAGAAGCUUCACCUGCCCAAACAUGCACUUCGUUGCCAUAGAGUCAUAUGACGUAUCACACAGAGAAUUUUGGAGCCCUUACGUAUUACCAGCCAAUGAUAACAUAGCAACUGACCCACAAUAUUCCCAAGACCUACUGGUGGCUUCUGCCCUGACAUUUGAGCAAUACCUUCCUGGUCUUGUAGCUUAUUAAAAACUGGUUUACUCAUGCUUUUGUUUUACUCAUCCAAUUUACUAUGUCAGUGCCUUAACUGCAAGUUGCAUUUGAAAUGGUAAUGAAGAGAACUGUCUUCAAAACUAAUUAGCACUGAAAAGUUACUCACUGUUUUGGAAGUUAUCUAUCAUAAUAUUAUCUGAACUGAAAAUUCAAGCCCAUUCAGAGUCUCACAAGAAUCCAAGUUCCUUUCACCUACCCAUCCCACCUGCACAGAUACGUAUCCAUGUACUUAUAAUAUUAGUUGCUAAAAGAAUGCUUAAUCUCUGUACAGAUAACAGUUGUAACCGAAGAGUUGUUUUGUUAUAAACAAAAUGUAAGAAUACCAUAGAGCAGAAUUUCUCCAGAGGCUUUCAUGGACUGUCAUGAUCAUCUCUACCAUUAUCUGUGCUCUGGUAACAAUUGUGUAUGCUUUGGCACAACCCCCCCACUCCUGAUAGAAUUCUAAUAUAUGUGAAGUGUCAUUGAAAAGUCAUAAAAUCUGGAAACGUUAGAAUUCCUAUAGAAAAUCAGACAUCAUAAAUCAAGCUGCCUGUCAAAUCCAGAAAUGAAACACAUUCUUUUCUUUUAUAAAGGUAAUUAGAUCAACUGGUUUCAUGAAAGGACUGUACACAGAAGCAGAGAUGAAAUCUGAUAAUGUUAAGGUAUGCAAACUCUUUAAUUGUUUAAACUUUUAAAAUGAAAGUAUAAUACACAUGCACACUAAUCUGAUUAUAUGCCAGGAAGAUCACAGUUUAUGCUGAAAUCUGGAUAAUUUUAUGUAACUGUGUUGCCCUACCAGGAUAAAGAUGCAAAAAUCGGCUUCCUUCAGAAAGCAAUUGAUGUUGUCAUCAUGGUGACGGGGGAACCUUUGGCAGUGAAGCCUGCACGUAUUGUUGCUGGGCAUGAACCGGAAAGAACCAAUGAACUACUCCAGGCAAUUGCCAAAUGCUGUCUUAAUAAGGUAGGAUCUCUACAUGGAGCUUUAUCCGUGGACUUAAAUCUUACACAAAGUUUCCCUGCAAGCACCAUACCGAACUUGAGCUGGGGGAAAAGCGAGUUUGAGGAGUCAUAAGGGAAAGGCACCUUGGGGACAGUUGCCGUGGAAAAGCGACAUGCCUCUCUCACCACCACCACCAACUCAGUGCUUCCCUCUUGAAGUUUAUCCUCCCAGUGCCCUUUGCAGUACUGUAGAUACAUAGCAACCAGGCAUUUGUAUACAAGAGUUGGCUAGUAACAGGUCUCAUAACGAGUCUCCUGUUACUGAAGAUCAGGCACUCAUUAAGAAUUCACUGUAUAGUUAACUUACAGUACAAUAGCAUGCACUUCUACUCAAAAGGAAGUCUCUUGUGCUUAAUAGGUAUCAAUACAAUGCCUGAAACUGGUUUAAAGUUAAAAGCGCGAGAGCAAUUUCAGAAUUUCCCAUCAGGCAAUCUAUUGCGAAUCCCUGCUUGCCCUGUUUGCAGCCAGUAUUGCACACUUCAAUCAGGCCUGAUGUUCGCCCACUCUGUCCCUCCCUCCGCAGCCCAGCUGCUGGCCACAGCUUCAGGGGCUAGCUUAGCUAGGGGGCAGGAGUCUCCCCACCCCCAAGUUGAGCAGUUCAACGAAGCCCUGAUACCCCUCCGGCUCGUGUGAGCCGGUGCGAUGUUGGAGCUUACUAGGGCUGAGCAAUGUAUUCUGCCUACUUCUUCCUCUAAAGUGGGGAGAAAGAAGCAGCCGAGAUACAUUUAGCUGCUGAUAUAUCACAGUGUUGAAAGUCACGUAUCGCCCAGCCCUAGUGCUUAAUGGGGCUUACUUCCAGGUAAAUGGGUACAGGUUUAGACUUUGGUUUAAGAGCCUCUCCACUGGCAAAACUUUGAAGCUGGACGUCCACCUAACUGCACUGAAUUCAGUGGAACAUGCUCCUUAUUAAGCAUAAUUAGGGUUGUUGCCCUAAAAGGAAUUGUUCAAAAUUGAAAGGAAUGAUAACUAAAGAUUGUAUACAUAUUUUUCUUUUAAGACAGAAAGAAAUCAGCAUUGUGUAUAGGAUAGAAAUGACUACUGCCAAGAUUAUGUUUAGUUUAACAGGUUAUCUCUUUGUAGCUAUCCAGUGAUGAAGCUGUUCAAAGAGUCCUUGCUGGGGAGAAAGCUGAUAUGAAAGGAGGGAUAUCAUCUUCUAAAACCCAAAACAGAACAGAAGAUCAAAGAUCCCAUAAAGAGGUGCUGUGAACAACUUUUGGGUUAAGGGGAGUAUAAAUAAUUAUUGUUGCCUGAGCAACUAGAGAGAAGACUGUGUUACAAUUUAAUAUUUUUACAUUUUAUUAUAUAGGGAAGAGGUGACUCAGAAAUAAAAGACCGAAACUCAAUUCAAGACCAAAAACCCAAAGAAGAGAUAAAAGAGGAAGGGAGCAGGCGAAAAGAAAGAGAAAGUGACAAACAUAAGGAUUAUGAGAACCGGCACAAAAAUCUUGAUAAAGACAAUUUUAAAGAAGGUGAGAAACAUGAAAGAGAGAGAAAUAAGAAUAGGUCAAGCAAACAGGGAAGAGAGUCAGAGAAAAUCAGAGACAAAGAAAAAGGAGAUGGGGAAGAAGAAAAAGAGGAGCAUGAUAAAGAAAGGGACAGAGAAAGGAAACAACAUGAGGGUGGAAGAGAAAAAGACAGAUUAAGAGAAAAAGACAAAGAGAGGGCCAAGGACAAGGAACAUGAGAAGAUCAGAGAAAGGGGAAAAGAUCGAGAAAAAGAUAAACGAAGGGAACGAGUGAAAGAGACGGAGCAGUCACGUGAGCAAGGAAAGGACAAGGCAGAUAAAAAGGUAAACGGAUUUUUUUUUUAAAAAAAAGGCAUAAAGUAGCCAUUGACGAGAACUGUAAUUAACAGAUCUGUUGAACAAUCUUUAUAUGUUUUUCUUUCUGUUUUGCACAUGAGACAUCUGUGUGGAAUAAGGCCUGCUUGUUAUGAAUAAUAAUAAUAAUAAUAAUAAUAAUAAUAUCUUUAUUGAAUACCUCGGGGGUAGGGUGGGUAUCAAAAUCCUGCACUGGGAAAAGCAAAUGAAUACAAAUGCAACCUGGUUUGAGAGUGGCUAGUUAAACCAAAAGGCUACUGAGAAAAAAAUAAGCAGUGGCUGCUUUCUCUUUGAAAACGCAAAAACUAUACAAGUUUGUCUGUAGCACUAAUCAGAACGUGUGGCUCCCUUGUAAGACAAAGCUCAGGAAAAACAUGGUUAUCUUCAUAUUAGCAAAGCUAGAGAUGGAUUUUCAGAAAUAAACCACAGGAAAAUCUAGGGGCAUGCUUCAGUUGCUGAACUGAUUAAGGGAGUAUUAUGGUAUAUAGUCUGUUGGUUAAUAGGGUGCCCACCCUGAUUGUGGAAAAAGUGUAUAAAAUGUAUAUGAGAAUGAAAGUGUAUAUGAGAAUAGAUGUGUUAAAUGUGUUUGAGGAAUGAAAUCCGUGUUCCCAAAUGCUUUUUACAAUAAUAGCCUAAUACCUAUGUCCAGUGAAGUAAUGUGUGAAACAGUCCUGAACCCAUCUUAGAUGCUCCACCCACUUUUUCAUCUGGCUCCACCCACCAGUGGCAUGUAGCCCCAAAGGUUGCUCAUGGGAGAAUGUGACCUUCAGACUGAAAAAAGGUUCCCCACCUCUGGGCUAACAAACCAUGGUCUAGCUCGCAGCAGCAGGAGGACCAAGGGAGGAGAGUAGCACACUCAGUCUCCUGUCUAAGAAUCCUCAUGUUCUCAUUUGGCUUAGCAUAAUUUGCAUAAUUAGCUCCUACUAACCAUUGCAAAAGUUCAGUAUAAAUAUUUUUCUGUAGCUUACAGGAUCAGAGGAGAAUGUAACUAAAAAACUGUUGGAACGAUCUGUAAAAGAUAAAGCUGAGCCCGAUAAAGAAGUAAGUAAUCAAGUAUACGCAUUUUGCAAAGCAGUUCAAAUGUUUCAUUUCUGUACUCAGUACAAGUGAAAAUCAGCUUGUGAUUUCAAAAUAUUAAAGCCAUUAAAAAACUUAUUUAUUUUAUUAACAUAUUUCAUUUGACAUUGCAUGAACAAACCUUCUGCUGUAUCUGUAUACAGCAUUUGUACCCCACUCCUCUGUCAAAAAGGCUCCCAGAGCAAACUACUGAUCAGUAAAAAAAAGACCAUCCCUGCUCUUAGACCUGCAACUAAAUGGCACAGUCCCAAAGGAAAAAGGGAGAAGGAGGAAAAAACCAAACUCAGGCAGCAGUUCUUAUUUACAGAGUUCUUAGAAUGUUCAGCUGAGAUGGGAGCUGUUCAGUGAGAGAGAGUGAAGAGAAACUGGUCCCUGGCCAGAGUAAACGAAGGGGUCCUUCUUCCCAUCUCCCCUCUGCCGCAGCCUGAUGCAGUGGCUACUGCUGGGUGACACAGUUGGUGGUUUGGCAUGUGAAUGAAUCCAAAGGAAGAUGCUUUACAGUCAGAAACCCUUGAUGGGGUUGAGAUGUCCACUCAAGGGAAAAGGGAGCUUGCUUAUUUAACUAUUCCUAUUUCUAAUAGUCUUCCUGAUUUUAAUGAUUCAUGCUGUGGUCAGAGAAAAACAUAUUACAAAGAAAUCAAAACGUAACCUUUUUAGAAUUGUGUUAUUGGUUAAGUAAACCUGGUGCUUGUUCCAUUUUUUUGUUAAAUAUUACCAUUUUACUUCUGAAAAAUGCUCCCAAUGUUUUUUCAUAUUCCAAAAUUGUGUGAUGCAUCUUCACCUCAAGUUUAUGGGCUUCUGGGCUUGAAUGAAAUUUGUAGUGCAGAUGAAAUGUCACAAGGGAUUCAACUCCAGUUCAUUGUUUGGUGCAUAGUUGAAGAGAUGGGUAGAAAAUGGGUUCUAGAGAAAUUCCCAUACUUACACUUUACACUUUACCAGAGGUAAAGACAAAACUUUUAAUAGUUAUGUAAGAGAGGAAAUUUCAGUGCCAAAUAACAAGCGGUAUCUGCCAAAACACAACUGUUACAAAUACAGAUGCCUUGUGCUCAUUUCCUGCUAUAUCACUCCUUCUGGGAGCUUUUCCUAUUUAUCUUCUUCUUUAAGAAAAGUGUGUGUGUAUAAAUAUAAAAUAUGCCAUCUCUUUCUCACCUCCUUCCUUACCAAUAGGGAGGAGCAGCUGCUCUUACCACAGUGUUUACACCAGUGCUCAAAUUAAUGGGGAUGGGGAAUUUAUGGAAUCCACACACCCCAACCCUGCUUCCUCCCAAAAAUAGUAGCAAAGUGGGUUGCCACAAAAGAUAAAGGCACCAAGCUCCUUCAGCACUGGUGGUGAAUCUUGCUUACUCUGAAAGUGUGGAAAACUUCAGUAGACUGAAAAAUUGUGUGUUGUGCCUUUUUAAAUUGCGUGCUUUGUAUAUCUUUUCAAGAGUGAAAACGCAGCAAGAUUAUCAAGGCAACAUUCAACAAAGGGACCAAGACAACGAGCCAAACCUGUUGGUGAAGGUAGCCAAAACAAGUAUUUUGUUUAAUUCUUUCCUGAGAAUUCUUGAAUUUGUAGCACUUCAUAAUCUACGGUCCACAUAAGGCACAAAGGAAGCCACAGUUUCCCACUACAUGAACAAGUGCUUCUCUUUUGUGUGCCAGAGGAGCUGGAAGCUUCUGCUUUUAGUUUUUAACUAACUACAAUUCUUCGUAACAUGAAUACAGAUGUACCUUGGAAGUUGAACAGAAUCUGUUCCGGAAGUCUGUUUGACUUCCAAAAUGUUCAACUUCCAAGGCAUGGCUUCCGAUUGGCUGCAGGAAGUUCAGCUUCCAAAAGAACGUUUGAAAACUGGAACAACCACUUCUGGUUUUUGAUCAUUUGGGAACCAAAACGUUUGACAACUAAGCUGUUCGAAUUCCAAGGUACGACUGUAACUCUAUCAGUCUGGUUUUGGGGUCAGGUGUACCCUAAGAAAGCUGGAAUUAUAAAGUACUAUUAAAAAGCUAUAAAAGUAAAGUACCGUUAGGUUACAGAGAAGUCAUUUGGGGUCAGUAGGACCCCGUGAGGUAAAGUACUUAAACAUAUAAGAAAGGGGUGUGAGAUCUCACAUAUUUUAAAACACAAAACUGCAUGUUGUUGAGUUAACAUGUAUAUAACGUAAUUAGAACAAUUGCAUAAACAUAACAGUCUAAUAAUCACGAGGAGUUAAUGAUCCACAACAACAAUAAACUUCACAGAACUUGCAGCCAUGGCCCACACUAUUCAUGUUGAAUGGACAACAUGAGCGCAAAGGUGAUGCAAGGCCUUUCUCUUAGCCCCAUCCCAGUCCUUAUGCUGCUCUUGUCAGCUGUUCUUGAGUUCAGCUGUAACUGCCACAGCAAGGAACUGCUACAUGGGAGGCUUGCCAUGUGAUUUAUGACCCUGGAAGAUCAAGAUUCUUAACUGCAAGGGAAAUCUACAUGAACAGAAGGGACAUGCAUCACAGGGACAUGUACUUUAAAGUAAGAAGUGGAAAUUUGCAAUCUUUUUUCUGGUAUGUGAAAGAGAAGGGUAGGGGAGUAGGGAGCCGACUCAUUCACAUAGCAGGAAACUAUGGUUUCCCCCCGUGUCUUUAUCAGGUCUCUGCAUAUUUUAGUGUUUCUAAGGUUAUAGUACUAGCUGCUGAUGUUGUAGCAGGAGAUAUCUGUCAGUGUACAGGUUUGAUAGUUUGAAGAAGUAGCACAGCCAUUUGAUAAAUCGGCUAGGUAACAUUGUGGUGAAGAUCUUGAUGAAGUGUCUGCAUAACUCUGCCAAAUCUAAACAUGUCUAAAUGAUCUUAAUAGCAUAUAGUACACAUUUCUCUGUGAAUUCUCUCAUGUCAGGGCGAAAGGAAACUAGUAAAAGUGUAUCUAGUGGUGCAAUUGAAAGAGCAGCUAACAUGUUAAAACAGAAAAUUGAGCCAGUUAUUACAGCACAAGAGCCAGGUAAGAAAAGGCAAAGCUCUCUUGCUUCGUCUUUGAGCACUAACUAGAUGUCAAUUUUUUAUAAGUGCUAUAAUUACAGCUUUUGUUUUACCACGUAUCAAAUCAACAUACAGUGUGUUGAUGAAGUGCUUUUGAAUCCAAGAGAGCUGAUAUACUUUGGUCACUAAGACAUUGUGCUACAAAUCAAAAAGUCCCUAUUUCAAACCAUGUGUCUAUUUAGAUCUCACUGAGAUUCAGAUUCAGUCACUUAUCUUCAGUAUAGUAUAGUAUUAUUACCAAUCUUUAAUGGCAAGAAUUGCUAAUACGUUUAGGGCAGGAGUUCGCCAACCUUGUAAGUGGCAAAUCAUUGGGGACUUCCCCAAAUGCUACUUCCUUCUGUAGCAGAGACAUGAUUGCUAAAUGGAAAAUUUGCCAGCUCCUUUCCUGAAUAUCCCAAUAAAUUUUCUUCUCCUGCCUCUGAUGAGAGGGAAUUGGGAAGGGUAUUCUGUCCCGAACUAUCAGCCUAGAAACUGGAACUGUAGUUUUUGGGUUUCCAGAACUUUUGGCAAACAUGUUUAGGAGAGUUUUUAGAGGAUGGAGGGUGAAAACUUGUAUUGUCUUGAACAAUGACCUGAAGUAAUAUAUAGCACAGCACGUUGUUUCUUUAACCAGCUUAAUGGCUUCCUACCACAAACUUUUAUGCUAGGAAUAUUAAUGGGAGCUAAUAUCAUUGCAGCUACACUUGCAGAUGAAAAACCGGCAACUGUUUUACAUGGAAAAGUUGAGCCAGAAAUUGCAGUAAAACAGAGAGGUAAGCAAAACAGUAGGCACUUUUCUGUGCUCUCUUUGAAAGGUUAUCUUUUCAGAGCCAUUGUUUCUUUGCACCGUAGAGCUUCAUGUUUUGUUUUAACUUCUUUUUUAAAAAUUCUCUUCCAUGUCAACGCCUUCCAGGGUGUAACUUGAAGAGACUGAUAAUAGUUAAAGUAUUAGCUUACCAGACAUAAUUAUCAUAAUAGAUUUGGAAUUUUUGAUUCCCCUGCCAUAUUUGUUGUAAAGAAUAGAUACUUUUCAACAUAGUUUUUUUCUCUGAAGAGGAAAUAGAGACUGCUAAGGUCAAAAGCAGCUAUUACUAAUUAAUAGCUUGCUGCCUGGAGCAAUUUUGCUGUUUUUUCCCUAGGGUGAAAAUAUGGCAUCCCAGGACAAACUGAGGGAAACAUGUUGUGUUUGAUGCGUGUUUGCAUUUUCCUGCUCCACUCCCCGAAUCGUACACCCUGACCUCAGAGAAUGUGAGCCUGUACCUUUCUAGUAGAUGUACGGCAACAAUCCAGUAAUCAAGAAGAGUGUUUUGUGUUGCUGUCUUGCAUACAAACAGUGGAGUGUCUAAUCCAAUUUUUAAUUGCUCCUAAGCAUGAGGAAUAAUUAGUAUGCAUUUAUGUUGCAGGUGACUCAUCCAGUGAUGCAGGUAAAAAUUAUGCUGAAUUUUAACACAUAAUCAUUUUUAAAAAUUUUAAAAGAGAAUUUUAACUGUAGUGAAGUAGAGCUUGGAAAGAGACAGAUUUUUCAUAUUGGUAGAUGGCUAUUAAUCUAAUGUUAAUUUGUUUUUACAUUGGAAUACAAUAAAUGUCACAUAAGCAGUAAAGGAGAAAUAGAUUGCCAAUUGGCCUUGGUUUCAUAUGCAAUACUGAAUUUAUCUCUGCAGCAUAAUAAUGGCAUCUGUGUGUGCUGGGAGGGGAAGUUCUGCUUAUUUCAGUAUUAGAAAAGACAUUAUUAUUAUUUAUUGAAUUUAUAUAUGUUACCAGCAUUUGGUAUUUAUACAGUUUUCAAAAUGACAGACUGUUUUGUUUCAUAGAAGGAGAUGUUUUGAACACUGGUGCCCCUGAAAAAAUUGUUGUUUCUGAAAAUAGUGAAAUUACUAAUGAGCUUCCUCCUCAAGUCACCCAGAGGUAUGUCUGUAUCUUCCCUUUUAUUAAAAGCUAAACAUUUAGGAUACAAUCCAGUUUAAGUUAUGCACUUAAAUGCUACUUAUUUCAGUUAGAAAGAUUUGAACAUUAUUAAUUCAUUAAUUUAAGUCAGUGGUGUGUAAACUUGCUUAUGGUUUGGAUUGUAACCCCAUGAAUUUAAACUGACAAUGGCUUUAUGACACAUUAGAUAGUAAAUUGACCAUUAUCAGGGAAUUCAUCAGAGCCUAUGAAAUUGUAAAAGCUCUGAUCAAACUGUAAUACAGUGGUACCUCGGGAUGCGAACGGGAUCCGUUCCAGAGCCCCGUUUGCAUCCCAAAUGGUACGCAAGACGCGUCUGUGCACGCGCGGGUCGCGUUUCGCCGCUUCUGCGCAUGCACGUGACGUCAUUUUGAGCGUCUGCACAUGCGCGAGCAACGAAACCUGGAAGUAACGCGCUCCGUUACUUCCGGGUUGCCGUGGAGCGCAACUCGAAUGCGCUCAACCCGAAGCACAUUCAACUCGAGGUAUGACUGUAUUACUCAGUAAACUGUGAUUUGCUAAUUAAGAGGUAGCUAAGAGUUCCCGGCUUCCUUUCCUCCCUUCCCCCAGAAUAAUUUCCCCCCUGCCCUUGUUGGCAUUAAACAUGGUUUAGAAUUGCAAGUGCACAAAUGCUAGCCUGAAAAUAAUAGAAUUGUAGAGUUGCAAGGGAUCCCAAGAGCCCUUUAGCGUUGCUAACCUUGGUUGUUGUUAAUCAUAAACCACAAUUUGAACCCAUGGUUUGAAUUCUUCUGAAUUUUAGAUUGUAGUUACAAGAAAACCAAUUUAGGAGUAAACUGUGGUUAGUGUCAUGUGUAUAUAUUUAUAAAGUGUCAAUAGGACCAAUAGCACACAACAAUGGACAUUUGCUCUGGAGUGGGAAUGUAUGUCUCCAAAACUCCUAAUUUACAAACGAUGGUUUUCAAGGAAUCAACGUAACACCUGCAUUGGACCACAAUGUUGCUGAAAUAUGACUUACUCCUAAGUUUGUUGUUUUAUACUGUUUUAGCUUUAAAGUUUGUGGCACUUAUUUUAAUAUGCAUUAUUAUGCCUGAAUAGAAACAACAAAGAGUAUAAUUAACUGUAAUACAUAAAUUUCAUAUUAGAAACAUUUGAGCUCUUACCUCUUUAGAUGUAAUCCAAUUUAAAAGGUCGUCUUCUCCAAUAUAGCAGUACCUUCUGGCAUAGCGUCCUUUGUUGUAAUGAACGGGGGAGCCUGCGUCCAAGUCAGUGCAUUCUCAGAGCUAUGGAAAAAACAGGUCUUACGAUGAAUCUGAUUUUGGAUGCUCAAACUGAAGCAAACAUUCAUAUUAAGUGGAAGAAGAGCCUCCUGGAUAAACCCAGUGACCUAUCGAGUUACAGCGCCCUGUUCUCUGAGGGGCCGGCCAGAUGCCUGUAAAGCCUGAAAGGGCACAAGGGCAACUGGCCUUCAGAGACUUACUCUUCCUUCUCUGCAUGUGGGCCUAGAACAUACCCAUUGGGGUUUGUAGCCAUUGAUUUCUCCGUUGAUUGCUUCAUCCUCCCUAAGUCUGUUUCAUCCUCUUUAGAAGCCGUCCAAUUUCAUGGCCAUCACUACUACUUGGGGAAAAUGUUGGUUCGCAUUAUUAAUAUUAAGAUUAUUAAAUUAUGCAAGUUGCAUUCAGCAGGAAAAGAUCGGCCUCGGGUUAAUUGGUUAUAUCCCUUCAGUCAUUUAUGUACAGCAUUGUACAUCCAAUCAGCAUUGUUCAAUCAAAAUGAAAUAUAUUUCAAUUCCGUUGAUUUCAGUGGAAGUGAAGUAUGUGUUUUACUGUUUGGCAUUGAAAUCGGUACUGUACUGUACUUUGGCUGGAUUUUGGGGGGAAGGGGGUCUGGCUUUGAAUCUCCUUCUUGUGUUCUGAUUAGAAUACAAUGAAUUAAGAAUUUUUGCAAAUUGCUCAAAAUAAGUGGUUUCACACACUAAUUUGUGUUAAGAAAGGAAAUGCUCUUUACCUCCCUUUACAGAAGGCUUCCACGACCCAGCAGUGCAAGGCCAGCCCCACCCCGGAUAAAACGCCAAGAAAGUGCAGAGGUUAUAGCACCAGAGAGGUCAGGAAAUAUUUUAUAUUUCUGCUGAAGGAUUGUUCUAUAGUUUGUUUUAUUAUCAAAUGUGAAGUCAAGUGUGUGUUAAACUUUCUAGGCAUUUAGAAGACUAGAAGAUUGUCCUCAACACAAUUUUUCCUAUUGAUGUGGUAUAUUCAUAAAUGCAGAAAUGUGAUGGCUACAGCAAAUUAGACAGCAGUCCUACAGCAUCCAUGAUGAUGGCAUACUCUUGAGUCUCUCCUGUUUCUGCAUUCGAAUGCUGAGAAACAUAAGUGUUUCUAAGCUCAGAGAAGAAAACCUUUCUUUUGUUUACAAUAUUGCCAAUAGUUUUCGUUUUCAUAUUUUUCCACAUUUUUUGGGAAGUGGCCAUAAGAUAAUGUAGACUUUUCUCUGUGUGUCCCCACCUUCCCCAGCUUUCAGCCCCGACUAGCAUCAGAUGAGUAGGGCUUUGGGUUUUGCAGUUCUUGUGCCACAGAUUCUUUUACAACCACACACGACUGCUCUGCUCAUAAAUCAGUGGAACUUUAAAAAAUGUAAUACUAAACUGUACAAAUUUCUGAUCUGGUAAGUUAAAAAUACUACAUCUUGUGUUCUUAAAGUAGGUACAGGUUGGAUCCAGAUUUGAGUUACGCUUUAGUCACAUUAGAAUAAAUGAGACUUAAGUUAAUCGUUACCUACUGGUCCCAUAGUUUUCAGUGUGGAUCAAACCAAAAGUAAAUGUUGUGUACAUUUCAGUUCCACUCCUCACCCAACUUGCCAUCUUUAUGGGGGUAAAUAGCUUGAAAAUUUCCAAAACCUUUUUAUCUUUAGACAGAACUGAAUACACAUUUUUCUUUUAAAGAAAGGAUUCUACAGUAUUUUCUGCCUUGAAUGAUCACUUGUAACACCAUGCCUAAAGUAUAGUCCUGUUCUUCCUUUCCUUUAGAAAUGGCAGUGCCAAAAUAGUGACAAAUGUCAUUAUAGACAAAGAGGAGGAAGAAGAUGACGAUCAGUUUGUUGUGGAGGCAGCACUGCAUCUGCCUGAAAUGGCAGAAAUGGCAACGGUCGGUUAAUACAUUUUCUCAUACAAAUGUGAACCAAGCAUUAACUUUGUGUUGUCUGCUGCUUCCUUUUGUCUCUUUCUGAAUAGAGUUCCAGUGGUAUGCUUUAUGCUUGAUAUUGAAGCAUGAUGAAUGGAAGUGAGUCUAAGCUGGAAGCUGGAAGCACCAUUAGGAAGUUUGUGUUGUCAUAGUGUAUGAUUAAGGAGAGGAACAGUGAAUUAACAGUUACAGGAAGCCUAGAAGCCUAAAGCCCUUGCUUCCAUUUCAUAAUUUUGCCAGAGUAUGAGGUGCCCCUGAUUACCUUAGAAUGGCUGCUGUGGAACCCCUCCCCCUCUGUAUUUUAUAUUACGAGGAUCUGGCGCAAAUCCCAUUGAUAGUCAAACCACAUGUCAUCUUGAUUGGUCCAUGCUCCAAGUUGUACAAUUGAGCUCCCUUUUUAUUUUACAGGGACGGAUGAUAGAAUUGUAAAAUUCAGUUCUCAAGUUGCCAGAUCAGUGGGUGUUUUUUGGUGGUAAGGUGGCGGAGAGGCAGUCGCUAUUCUUAGAACAGAGAGAAUAUGAACGGUCAGCUCUCAAGUAUUAUUGUCUCCUUACUUGCCUAGUUUUGAUUUAUUAACUUCCCUUUGAUUUCUAUUGUUCAGGAGGCAACAGUAGAGUUGGAAGAAGAUGAGAAGCAUGGCAAGUCUUUUUAUUUUCUUAAGGUUUUCCUUUACUUGCUUGUUUGUGAUUAAGUCCCUCAUAACUUGUCACUUCCUAUAUCCUUGUUCUUCCUUUCAAGAUUCAAUGCGUAUGCAAUCCAAUUCAUGCUUUCUUGUCAACUACUUGCUUUGACUUGGGAUAACUUCAAAAUCCCUUUCCAUCCUUUUUGUUCCUUGUUCUUAAUGAAACUUGGCACAAGUACAAUGAUUUUGACACUUGUCAAGUCUUUGAUAGAUCCAAUGAUUGUAAUCCAAUUAAAAAUAUGAUGCCUUCUCUUGCUGACUUUUAUUAUACCUUAGUUGCUGUAAGUACAUUAUAGGAGUUUCAGAAAGAAUGUUUCAUUUCAAUGUUCUAUACAGAAGAAACUAGUUGGAUGUAUGAACCAAAACUGAGCCACUAUAAGCACUUUUUUUUUUUGCCUUUUUAGAGAGGUCUUUUGCAGUUAAGAACUAUAAUUUUUAUCUUCAACAGGUGGGCUUGUCAAAAGAAUAUUGGAAACAAAGAAAGAUUAUGAAUUGUCCCAGUUGCCAAAAUCUGCUGAGAAGGUAAUCAUGCAAUGAACCUCAAAGAAUUGAGUGUUCUUAGUUGCUUAUUCUUCAGUGUUUUCAUUCCAACCUCUUUUUCAACGUUGCAUUGCUCUGUAUCCUACAAAGUUAAACUAAUGUCAACAGAUUUCCAAAGAAGGAACAUUUUUAGUAACCUCUUAUAAAAUAAAAACACCUAGCAGACACCGUCAGGUUUUAUGAAGCACGUAUGUUAAAGGCUGUCUGGUUCAAUAAAACCAGGAGCACUUUACUUCCCUCAUCACUCCAGCAAACCUCUAGCACAAGUCAUGUGUGCAUCUGCGAUGCUCUUGGAAGAAUCUGCCCAUUAUCCUGUGCUUCCUAACAACAGACUUGUUGAGCCUGCGAUAAGAAGAUGAUAAGAAACCCCAUCAGCGGUGUUGGGUUAAUGGCAGCGAGGGCUGGGCUGCACUGCUGAUCUCUUUUCCCAGCAUCGCAUGUUGCUGCUGUGUUGCAGAGAAGGGGAGAGACGAGGCCGCAGAGAGCUUGGCACAGCAGCAGGGGUGUCAGAUUGGCUCUGUUUCUGUGCCACUGCUAAGCUCCCUACUGCCUUGUCCCUCCCUCCUGGUAACUGGCAGCAGUGUACAGCGUUGAGAAGCCUGAUCAGCAGCUCCUGUUGGUUGCUACUGUUUGAUAGCCAAACAACCGUUGCUGUCAUCAGGUGACAAAGUGACUUCAAUAUUCUUGGUUGAGUUUUGGUUAUUCAUAACUCUGCUGCCGAACAUGCUGUGGCCUCAAGUUACAAACCUUCAUAUUGACCCAAAUGAAUCCAUCCUAACCCACAAGGCAGUUCCCAAACACAGCAAGUCAUACUGGGAGAGAACCAAUCCUGGUUCUUUUGGACACAAUCCUUUCCUCAGGCAGGUCCAAGAGAACUAGCCUCAAAAGCACAGCUCCCUCUUCACUGCGUACGCAUCCUGUCUGCAGACAUAUACCUUCUGUUGCAGGCUGCAUUGUACUUAUGGCCCACAAUCUGUUACUUUUUGCCCACAUUCAUUAUAUCUUUAUUAUUUGUUGAAAUGUGUACAUAAGCACAGUCGUACCUUGGAUCCCAAACGCCUUGCGACUUGAACGUUUUGGCUCCCGAAUGCCGCACACCCGGAAGUGAGUGUUCUGGUUUGCUAACGUUCUUUGGUAGCCGAAUGUCCGACGCAGCUUCUGCGGCUUCCGAUUGCGUGCAGGAAGCUCCUUCAGCCAAUCAGAAGCCGCACCUUGGUUGUCGAACGUUUUUGGAAGUUGAACGGACUUCCGGAACGGAUUCUGUUCAACAACCAAGGUACAACUGUACUUCAUUGUUGCAUCACUGAAUCUCCUUGUGUGCUGGUGUGGAUAGAUUUUGGAUAGAUUUUCCCCAGGAUUUUGACCUGGGGAAACCAGAGCUUUUAAAUCCCUCUCUGCUGUGAAGCUAACUGGGUGUCUGUUUCUCAGACUGAUGUACCUCACAGGAAUGUUGUGGGAAUAAAAUAGAUGGAUGAGAGGAGAGUAGUUUAUGCCGUCUUUAACUCCUUGAAGAAAGAAUGGCAUAAGAAUCUAUUAUUAUUAUUAUUAUUAUUAUUAUUAUUAUUAUCAUCAUUAGGAUAUGCCAUCCAUCUGACUAGGUUGCCGCAGCCACUGUGUAGCUUCCAACAAAAUAUUCAAACACAAAAAACCUCAAUCCUUAAAAGCUUCCCUGUACAGGGCUGCCUUCAGAUGUCUCCUAAAAGUCAGAUAGAUUUUAAUUUUCUUAACAGCUGAUGGGAGGGCAUUUCACAGGAUGGGCACCACUGCUGAGAAGGCCCUCUACCUGGUUCCCUGUAGCUUCGCUUCUCACAGUGUGGGAACCGCCAGAAGGCCCUCGGAGCUGGACCUCAGUGUCUGGCUUGAAUGAUGGGAGUGGAGACGCUCCUUCAGGUAUACUGGGCCAAGGCCGUUUAGGGCUUGAAAGGUCAGCACCAACACUUUUAAUUGCAUUUAGAAACGUACUGGAAGCCAGUGUAGAUCCUUUGAGACUGGUGUUAUAUGGUCCCGGCAGAUCAUAAUGAAUUCCUGUAGUGGUAGUAGUAGCUAGUGCUACUGAGGAAAAACCUGUUGCACCCCUCUUACAGCUUUGUCAUGUCCAGGAAGUUCUCUGCUUGGAGAACUUAGUUGGUGGACAUCGCAUGUAAGGUGCUUAGUCAUAUAGUAAGAGAGGCAGUGAACGUUACAUCCUAAGCCAAACAAGUCAAAAGCAGAAUCUUAAAUCGGCCUUGAAUGUUAAUGGGCAUACAGUAAUGCAAAUAAUGUAGUUUUGGCUGUGUGUCCUUUUGCAUCUCUCUGCUUUAACAGAAGGUGUGCUAUCUUUGAGAUCAUUCUUGACCAUUGCACUAUUUCCCAAUGGCAGAAUUGGGCUAAGGUGAGCGAUCUUUAAUUAUUAAUUAGUAUUGGUUUCAUUGAUGUGUCUCAGAACACUCCCAUUUUCUAUUUUUAUCUUUUGGUUUUCAAAUCUAUCCCAUAUAUUUAAUUCACCUCUUAAACAACAAUCUUGUUCCUUCGCUUCAGUCUAUUUGUGUGUGUGUGUUUUUAACAAUUAGGAAAAACCACUUUUGUCAGAAGCAGCAAGGAGAAAAGAGAAAGAUCUAGUAGCAAAGGAAAUCGAGAAGUUCCGUGGAUCCAUUCAGGCCCUUUGUCGGAGCGCUCUCCCCUUGGGAAUAUCAUGGACUAUAUUCAGGAAGAUGUGGAUGCCAUGAAGAAUGAACUCCAGAUGUGGCAGAAUGAAAAUAAACAACUUGAAGAGGCCCUACAGAAAGAACAAAGGUGAGAAUACUGAGAAAUUGCACGGUUGCCUCGCAAUUGGUUAAUCCGAAACAACAUGCAUAGAGUUUUGUGUUGCUAGUCAGGUCUGGGAGGGCCAAGCUGAGGGAGAAGGUGGGGCAAGAAAGGUGUAUCCCAGCAGUGAAGGCUUCUACUGCAGUAAAAUAUAAUGGGCGGAGUUAGAACAAUCCCACAAACUUAAACGGUGUGAGCUAAGUCUAUUGUCAUGGUAGUAGAAGCAAAUGCGCAGGUGCUGUUGCCUCUGGGGUCAUGUCACCGUAUUAAGCUAAAGGCAAGUGGGCAACUCAGCAGCCUAACACAAGGCUUCCCACCACUUACGUGUUGACUGGCACCCAGCUGAGCAGUCAGCCAAGCUCUAGCUCCAAGGAGGUUGGGCAGGGAGGUUUAAGGAGUACAGCAGCACUGCCUGCCCUCUGCUCAAACCAACCUCCCCUGAAAGUUGUGAGCCAAGGAGCUUCCUAGCUGCUGCCUCCACUGGGAAUUGUGAGGAAGUUCCUUCCACCUGUCCUGUGCACGAAGAGGACAUUUGUUUGAUUAUAUAUAUUUGCCAAGUCAUCUCACGCAGUGAUCCUCUAAGUAACAUACAAUAUAAACAUUGGAACAUACAAAAUGCAAACAAUUCAGAAUUGGGUGAUUGCACUCAGUCAACAAUAAAGGACAAGUUAUCUGCUCUGGCACAAUCAUAUAAAAACGAAAACCCCUAAAACUAAUUUCCAGGAGAUUAGAAACUAAAAUUGGAGAUGCUGAAAUAACAUUAAAUUGUUAACAGGCCUGGGAGCAUAAGAAGGCCACUGCCGGGUGCUGAAAAUACAUUAAAACAGAUGUUAGGCACAUCUCUUUAAGGAGAGGUUUCCAAAUACAGGGAAGGGGCCACCACCAAGAAGGCCCUCUCUUUGCCACCUUCCUUGCUUUAGUAUGAGAUGACAUUCAUAGGAGAACCUCUAUAGAUCCUAUUGGAGCUUGGGUAGGUUCACAUGAGAAAAGGUGUUCCAUUAGAUGCUGGGGACCCAAGUGGUGUGAAGGUUUAGAAGGUAAAGCCAGCACUUUGAAUUGGUCAUGGAAAUAAAUUGGAAGUCACUGGAAGAAGGAAAGGAUGUAAUAUACUCGAAACACUUGUCCCAGUUAGCAAUCUUAUCACCACAUUCUCCACUAGCUAGAGUUUCUAAGCUGUUGUUGUUGGCAACCCUAUGAACAGUACAUUGCUGUUGUCCAAAUGGAACGUUACUGCUGAAAGAUGGACUGGAAACUUUAUAUAUAAAUAAAUUCCAGUAGGUGGGCCAUAAAGCAGUCAGUGAGUUAGCCCUAGGCAUAGGUGGGUGAGCAGAAACCUGUCAGGAUUUGGGGGGCUAAGACUGAAAAUGCUUACCAAUCUUCCUAAUCUAGCAUUUGUAGCUAGAGAACUACCCAAAUAGAACAGAGGAAAGGUAGCUCUGUCAGUCACCAAACUAUACUUCUCUUUCUCUGCCUCCCGCCUCCUCUCUGCCUAGCAUGUUCCCUUUAUUGCAUUCUUAACAAAACUCUGACCAACAAACUUUGGAAGCCCUCCUGAGGCUACAAAACAGUUCCAAAGCCUCAGAGACAGUUAUCACCUUGGACUGUUUGAUAUCUAAAGCAGUCUUAGAUUCUGAGGUGAUCUGAAUAUCUCCAAGGUGGGGGUCCUUGACUCCGCAUUCCAUGGGAAUACCCAGCCCUUCAAAGGAAUUCAGGAUGUUAGCAUAUGUGGAUGAUCUUGUUUUAUCUGCAGGACAGUCCUUUAAUUAGAGAUUGUGACUUAACUAAAUGCUAUUCAUAGCAAGAGUAUUAAAGCCCCCAGUACUACUCCCCCCCCACCCUUUUCGCAAUGCAACACUGACUCUUCCCACUGGUAUUAAUGACAGGUGGAUAGUACAAAGAAAGUUAUGCGGCUGUUUCUCACCCCUGCUAAGUUAUAUAAAAACACUAUCUUUAUGAUUAGUAUCUGCCUAUGAUGAGGUGUAAGAUAAGGCUUAAGAUAGCUAUCAUUCCUACUCAUAUCAGCUUUGUCAGGCGGAUCCCAACUGUUCUUGUUUUACAGAAUAGUAAACAGAGUAAGAUGCUUGCCUAAAAGCAAUUGAGGGCUUCCCCCCUCUGAACUGGGAUUUGAGUGUAGAACUCUCAGAGCUCAUUCCAACCUCCUGCUUGACUUCCUCUUCCCCUACCCACUACAGUGGUACCUCGGGUUAAGUACUUAAUUCAUUCCGGAGGUCUGUACUUAACCUGAAACUGUUCUUAACCUGAAGCACCACUUUAGCUAAUGGGGCCUCCUGCUGCUGCUGCGCCGCUGGAGCACGAUUUCUGUUCUCAUCCUGAAGCAAAGUUCUUAACCUGAAGCACUAUUUCUGGGUUAGCGGAGUCUGUAACCUGAAGCGUAUGUAACCCGAGGUACCACUGUAUAGGCAAACAUUAGAGUGUUUGUUUGUUUGUUUGUAGUAUGUACUUUUAGUUUCUCCCCUUACAUUUGCUCUCUUUGCUUCAGAUGUGUUUGUCUAACCAUAAUGGAUUUCACAAGAAUUUUUGUGUAAGUUCCGUGUUUUGUCUCAACAGUAUUACAGACAGUGUUGUGGAACCAUUGAAAGUAGAACUUGCGGAGCUGGAUCAGUUGAUCAAAGACGAACAAGAUAAGAUUUGUGCUAAAAUGGCCAAUGUUUUAAAGAAUGAUGAAAAAAUUCAGAAGAUGGUUCAUAACAUCAACUCAAGGAGGUGAACAAUGGAACACGCGAGCUGGAAUGGAUUUUCUUCUAAAUAGAAGAAAUAAAUCUUUGUGUUGAAAGAAAUCUGUUGCAUACAGCAGCAAAUACAGUUUCAAAUAAACUUAUUCACGUGAUGGUGUAUGGCCUCGGGAGAUUUAUAUUGUGUAGGUGAAAUUUGCCAUUUAUUCAAUGUUUGUAAAAAGCUUUAAAAAACAGUCAAUGCAAAACAUUCGCUAUAUUUAACCUAUAUUGUGAUAGGUUUUCUAUUGUCAGCAGAGCUCACUUUCCUGGAUUAUUUAAUAACAAUAUACUCUGAUCAGGUUUUGUACCCUUCAUGUCUGGUAUAUGUGUGGCAUUUUGAGCAAUAUAUAAAUAUAUUGUAUGAAAUUUUGGGUGUAGCUUGAAUUUACUGUUGGAGUAGCUUGAAAUAUGACCUUUUGUUGGCAAACCCUUUAAGAAGAAUUAUUUAAAAAUUCAUGCAGAUCAAGAAGCAAAAUUGGGUUUAUCUGUAUUUCCUUAAGUCAUACAAAUAAGAAAGAUAACAAAAUAAGUUUAUGUAAACAUGUUAAUUAUACUUGCCUUUAUUUAUGUAGUUAAGUACUUUUCCUCCAACUAAAUGGCCAGUCAUGUAUGUUUUUACUUUAAAUCAUUCUGAGAGAAUUUGAGCAGGGGGUGUAUGCAUUUUUGCAUGGAGGGGGUUUUUUUGGGGGGGGGUUCCAAUUUUUUUUUUUGAAGAGUACCUGCAAUACUUGCACUUGGAGACCCCAUAAAUCUUGGAUGGUCUUGGUAAUCAGCCAUAUUUGUGGCUUCUCGCCUUGCCUAACGGAGUACUGCCUGAUGUCAUACUGAGUUGUGGAGAUGUUCUUAAGUGCCUCUCAUUGCAAAGUCAAAAAGAAUGCAGCUCUGGAAUAGGCCUGAAACUUAACUAUUGCAUUGCAUUUCCAGGGUGCUAGGAACUCCUUCAAGGCAUAUCGAAGCAACAAAUCCCAGCUCUUCUCCAACACUUGAGACAAAAGAAUCCCUGCUGUUGUCCUCUGCUUCUGGGGUGUCCCAAGCACCUUGGAAGCAAACACAAUACAUAUAAGCCUAUCCCUCCUCCUGAUUUCUUAGUUCAGGAAAGGGAUAGUGUGUUUGUGCAGAUCUUCUGGAGCAUUUGAGUCUUUCUGAAGUGUAGCCCAGCUCCUUCAUGGUAAUGAUUUCCCAGCUUCAAGGGUUGGGACUUGUUCACGUUGCAUUGCACUUGCAAAGUGCUUAGAGUGCCUUAGAAACAGCACAACUGCAUGGAUUUCCCAUCCCACUUUACUUCAAGCUUGGAAGGACACCUGAGACUUGUCAUGCUAGGCAAAAGCAGGUAAGGACACACCAUGCUGUGUGUGCUUGUGGACUUGCUUAUUGAUGUCCCUGUGUCAUAUAAACACGGACUACAUAUAAUCUGAAUCUUUUGAAGCUACACCAUUAUUUAAGUGAAUGUGAUUCAAGUUUCCAUUCCCCCCCCCCCCGCCCCUGGUGGAUUGGAUUUGAGAAAUCUCAUGGUCUCUCCGUUUGCGUAUCUACCAUCUCUCCAUUUUCUCAUAAAAUUAUAUUUCUUAUGGGUUAAGUAUGGCUUGCUGGAUGUUGCACAGGAGAAGCGUAAUGUGGGAUAUGGUUUGAAACCUUGUGUUUAUUGACUGAGAAGUCUCAGAAAUGUUUAAAGCUUGGAGAAAAAUGCCGUGUUGCAAUAGUUUAGCAAGCUAUUUAAUAAAUUGUGUGCACUUUAUCAGUCUGACACCCUGAUCAAAACAUUUGGAAGUAAUGACAUUUACUUCUAAUAAAUAACACAGCUUAGGAUAACAGUCUAAGCCCUUACAGAGGAGUGUAUAUGAUUUGUGUGCUGUCUAAUAGAGUUUUUGACUGAAUGGUUCCCAAUGCCUUUAUAAAGAAGCCAUCCCAAAAGUACUACAACAAAUGUUUUUGCAUAUAUUUCAAAGUAACUACAGAGCCUUAGUGUAUGGUAUGAUUGUCAUAUUUGGAAAGGGAUAUUAGAAGUUAAUUUGGGGAAAAUGUCUUAAAAAGCAUCAGCAGAAGUGCUGAACUGUUUUCAGCUGCAGUCUUUUCAAAAUGCAUAUAAUUGUAUAUAGGACUGAAUUCAGCAUUGAAAAAAUCCCAUCACAUUUAAGUGUGGAUCUGUAUAUAUGGUUAAAACUGUUUGUGUUAGAAGAAUCCAGCAUUUUCUGUAUGUGAGUAAAAAUGUACAGCCU